AUGGAUGAGCCACCAUCAAAAAAAUCUCGCGCGGAUAGCGAGUACGAUUCGGGAUUAGAUGCUCUCAGUGCUCUUGACAAUCUAGAGCCUCUGCCGACAUCAAGCAAAGAAACAGAUGUAGACAAUCCAAGCACAUCAGCUGGUGGAUCAGCAGGUCCUUCUGGCUCGACACCUCAGCAACAUCCACCACAACAAGGGACACCACAGCCUUCUCAAUCAGGCAGUGUUGGCUUCAAUCUUCAGCCUGGGCAACCAGGAGUUCAGCAACAACAACAACCACAGACCAUGGGUGGGGGCGCCAAUGGAAGUGUGUUACAGGAACUGCUGAUGAAUCCAUCACAAGCAUCAAAUAAUUCACCUCGACCUCCUGGAUAUCCAACGGGACAGCAGAAUGCGUUUAGUAGGAGUCCAAUGAUGUCAAACGGUACACCAAACAUGAUGUCGCCACCGAAUAUGGGUGGCCGGGUACCAGGGCCAAGUCCAGGAGGGCCUCAACAAGUUCCUGGACAACCACAGAUGCGACCAGGGCAGCAAGGAAUGUAUCCACCUGGGGGAGAUCAACAGAUGAUGAUGGGAGCACAAGGACAACAAUUUCCAGGAAUGAUGCCUAGGUACCCCCAAUACGCACAGACUGGACCACCAGGAGCACAGGGAAUCCCUCAACCAGGUUAUCCAGGAGCAGGUCGGGGCGGACCGAAUCCAGGACAACAAAUGGGACGGGGAGGAAUGAUGAAUGGAACGAUGGGACGAAACGGUCCAAUGGCACCUCAAGGAAGACCUGGAAUGCCGCCUAAUCAGCAACAAAUGAUGCAGCCAAUGAUGGAUCGACAGUUCAUGCAACAUUCGCAGUACGGUCAGCAAAGGCCAGAGUUCAUGCAGCAAUAUGGUCGAGGUCCAGCUUCCGGAUAUCCAAUGAUGCAUCCGCAACAUCAACAACAGAUGAUGAUGGAAGCGAAUGGUCGUCCACCCCACAUGAUGAUGAUGAACAAUGGUCAUCCUGGAAUGGGACAUGUGCCACCAACUGGUCCAGGAGCUCAAGCUGCUGCUGCUCAACACGCAGCUCAGCAAGCGGCUGCUGCGCAAGCUGCUGCAGCUCAACAACAUCAGCAGCAACAACAACAGCAACAGCAACGUGAUCAGGAUGCACAGAGGAACGGUGCGGCUCGAGCAACAACACCCGGAUCGAGCAUGCUCGCGACUCAUCAGGAUCCUGAGAAGAGGAAGCUAAUUCAGCAACAAUUGGUUUUGUUACUCCAUGCACACAAAUGCUCUCAGAGAGAAAAAGUACUAGCUAUCAAAAACGCCACAAUCCCCUUUCUGAAGUUCUGUUUUCAGGAGAAUCGAGACUAUGCUGCUAAGAAUCAACCUCCUCCACACGCUCCGUGCACACUGCCACAUUGCUCCACAAUGAAAGAUGUUCUAUCGCACAUGACAAGUUGUAAUGUCGGACGAUUAUGUCCUUGUAAGUUCUCUCGUUCCCGUUGUGUCCAAGAAGAAGCGCAUAAUCCCACCAACAUUUCGCUUCACUCUAGCCACUGUUUGAAAUCUCUUUCAGCCGAUACCACACAAACAACAAAAAAAUGUUCAGUUGCCCAUUGUGCUUCAUCUCGUCAAAUAAUUGCUCACUGGAAGAAUUGUUCUAGAGAAGACUGUCCGGUUUGUAAACCGUUGAAGAGGAUACAAGAUACACCUUUGCAAUUCUCAUUGCCCGAUCUGGCCAACUUGAUCGGAGUCAAUGGAAACUCGAACGGAAGUGCAGAGGGUGACGGGCUGUCGCAAUUUGGUUCUCCUUCUAUGCGCUCUGGACAGAUACCUAAUUCACUCUUCGAAGGAUUCCAUGGAGAUCCAUUCCAACGGAACGGCAAUCGCGGUGCACAACGGCCAGGCGGCAGCAAUGGAGAGAUUCCUAACUUACCUCCACCGGAUAUGCCGGAUUGUACAAAGGAAUGGCAUCAUCAAGUUACCAAAGAUCUUCGGAACCAUUUGGUUGGAAAGUUGGUGAAGGCGAUAUUCCCAGAGCCUGACCCAGGAGCAAUGAAUGACAAUCGCCUGAAGGACUUGAUCGCUUAUGCCAGAAAGGUCGAGAAGGAGAUGUUCGAAUCAGCAAACGACCGUGAAGAAUACUAUCAUUUACUGGCAGAGAAGAUUUAUAAAAUCCAAAAAGAACUUCAGGAGAAGAAGAACUCUCGACUGUCGACUCAAGGAGCAGCUCCUCAUGAUCGUAAGUUGUCACUAUUGAAAGGCAGCGAUUUUAAUUCAUUUUCUUCAGCGUACAACAACAUUCCACCAUCCAACGAGCUCGCUCAGAUGCUUGGUGUUGAAGGAGGACGCAGCAAUGACGUUCAUAUGGAUGGUAGUAUGGGAGCGCCAAGCCAACAGCAUACACCAUGGGGAGGAGCUCCAAAUUCUAACGUGCAGAACAUGCCAAACGGUCAAAUCCCUCCGCUCAACAAUGGAUCUACUUUCCCACAGAGUGGAAGCAGCACACCAAACAUGGGAGCCCCGUCUACCACCGGUGGCCUUCUUCAGCCGAAACUUGAGCCAAUGGAUGAGAAUGUUGAUUCGAUGAGCUCCAGACCAACCACCGCAGCCGGCUUUGGUGGAGGAUCCAGUUCAUCAACUCCAGCGCCAAUGCUUAACGGUAUCGUGAUUAAAAAGGAAGAAGAUUCAAUGGAUGAGACAUCUAAUCAAGCUCCAGAAUCAGUGAAGGAUGUCAAGCCUUCAGAGAAGCCAUCUGAACCACAAGUGAAGAGAGAACCGACACCACCACUAGCCGAAGAUACUGUUUUCACGCAGGAAGAUCUUAUAAAGUUCUUGUCGCCAGUUUGGGAGACUCUGGACAAAGCAGAAGACGCUGCUCCAUUCCGUGCUCCAGUCGAUGCGAAGCUUCUCAAUAUUCCGGACUACCACGAUAUCAUUAAGCGUCCAAUGGACCUGGAAACGAUCCACAAGAAGCUUCAUUCCGGUCAAUAUCAGAAUGCAUUUCAAUUUGUUGACGAUAUAUGGCUGAUGUUUGAUAACGCUUGGCUUUACAACAGAAAGAACAGCAAAGUGUACAAAUUCGGAAUCAAGCUGUCUGAAUUAUUCGUCGCUGAAAUGGAUCCAGUUAUGAAAGUCAUGGGUUACUGUUGCGCCAAGAAACUUGCCUUCACUCCACUUUCGUUGUUCUGUUAUGGUGCUGCCAUGUGUACGAUAGCAAGAGAACAACAAUACUGGGUUUACGAGCAGAGUUCAACACAGUAUAAUGUCACAGUCACCGAGAGAUACACCUAUUGCCAGAAGUGCUUCGAUGCGUUACCACCUGAAGGAAUAUCACUCUCUGAAAAUCCAAACGACCGAACGAAUAUGGCUCCGAAAACGGCGUUCAAGGAUAUGAAGAACAACAACGUCGACUACGAACCAUUCGAACGGUGCAAGUAUUGUAUGCGGAAAUGGCAUCGUAUUUGUGCUCUCCACGAUAAGAAGGUGUAUCCAGAAGGAUUUAUAUGCGAGUGCUGUCGGACUGCAAAGAAAUACCAAAAACCGGAGAAUAAAUAUCUGGCUAGCAAACUUCCACAUAACCAGCUAUCUACAUUCCUCGAAGAUCGUGUCAAUGGUUUUAUAAAGAAGCAGUUGCAAGCGGAGGCACACAAGUAUCCAGUCAUAAUCAGAACUCUCUGCGUUCAAGAUAAAGAAGCUGAAGUGAAACCGCAGAUGAAGCAAAAGUAUGUGGAGAGUGGACAGUUUCCUGAGAAGUUCCCAUACCGGACCAAGGCCGUUUUUGCAUUCGAGAUCAUUGAUGGAGUUGAAGUUUGCUUCUUUGGUCUUCAUGUUCAAGAAUAUGGAAGCGAUUGUCCAGCUCCAAACGCUCGAAGAGUUUACAUUGCUUAUCUCGAUUCUGUUCAUUUCUUCCAACCUCGCGAGUUGCGUACAGAUGUCUACCACGAGAUCCUUCUUGGAUAUCUUGAUUACGCCAAGAAGCUGGGAUACACGAUGGCUCACAUUUGGGCGUGUCCUCCAUCGGAAGGUGAUGACUACAUCUUCCAUUGCCAUCCACCAGAGCAGAAGAUUCCAAAGCCGAAACGUCUUCAGGAUUGGUACAAAAAGAUGUUGGAGAAGGGAGUGCAAGAAGGAAGUGUCGUGGAAUUCAAGGAUAUAUACAAGCAAGCUAGAGAUGAUAAUCUUGUCACACCUACUCAACUUCCAUACUUCGAAGGAGAUUUCUGGCCAAAUGUAAUAGAAGAUUGUAUACGGGAAGCGUCGAAUGAAGAAGCUCAGCGUAAGGUGAAGGAAGAUGAUGACGAUGGCGACGAUGCAGAUGGAGGCCUUGGUGGAAGUGACAGUGGCAAGAAGAAGAGCACGAAGAACAAGAAGAACAACUUGAAAAAGACCACCAAGAUGAACAAGAAAAAGGCUGGAAGUCUCACAGGGAACGAAGUCGCUGACAAACUUUUCUCGCAGUUUGAAAAACACAAGGAAGUGUUCUUCACCAUCAGACUUGUCAGCUUGAAAGACGAACCAACUGUCCUCGCUACUGGAAUAAACGAUCCUGAUGGUUUGAUGCCUUCGGAUAUGAUGGACGGUCGUGAUACGUUCCUUACCAAGGCUAGAGAAGAACAUUGGGAGUUUUCGUCUUUAAGAAGAGCUAAAUAUUCGACGUUAUGCCUUGCAUACUCUCUUCAUGAAGCCGACUCAAAGGGAAUGGAGUACACAUGUAACAAGUGUAAUGGACCAGCAACGUGGCACUGUCAAACUUGUGAUGACUUCGAUUUGUGUGAUAGAUGCAAGCCAAGCGUCUCACAUCCUCAUGAAUUGGAAAAGAUGAAGAAUCUGAUGACAGGAGAAGGUCCAGAAAGUGCUUCAAGUGGAUCUCGCUACGAAAGCAUUCAGAGAUGUAUCGCAUCGCUUGUUCAUGCUUGCCAAUGCCGUGAUGCCAACUGUAGGCGGAUGUCGUGCCACAAGAUGAAGCGUGUCGUUCAGCAUACGAAGUUGUGCAAGAAGAGGAUCAGUGGAACAUGUCCAGUUUGCAAACAGUUGAUUGCCCUCUGCUGUUAUCACGCCAAACACUGCAACCGAGAUGGAUGUACUGUUCCAUUCUGUAUGAACAUCCGCCAGAAACUUGCCGAACAAAAACGAUCACAACAACGACGAGCUGACAUGAUGAUGAGGAGAAGAAUGGAAGGACUUCAUUCACUUGUUGGAGGAGGACCCGUCCCACCAACUCCAAGUGUUCCUACCAAUAAUGCCGCUGUCCCCACCAAUGUACCAACACCGCCAACGAAUGCCGCAGCUCCUGGGCAGCCUGGACCUGCAGUGAAAGGAGGAGGCGUUGGCCAAGCCCAACCACAACAACAACAAGGAGGUCCGAUGAGUGCUGGAACUCCUAAUGGUGUGCCUGGAAAUGGAAUCGGAACAGCUCCGUUGAGUGCAGGAAUCGGCCAAUCGUUAGGUUUCGGAGGAGGAUUAGGAAUGCCCAGUGGAGGUCCUAGCUCAGCCCAAAACGGACCACUCCCUGGAAACAACCCACCAUCCAUUGGAGGACAGAAUCAAGGUCGUUUCAUGCCAAAUGGUCAAGGAUUCGGACAAGGUCAACCAUCAGGAGGACAACAAGGCAUCUACCCAGGAAUGCAGCGACCAGGAAUGGGUCACGGAGGUCUCGGAGGAAUGAACCAGACUCAACCACAGCAGAUGCCUGGACAGGCUGGUCUUUCUGGACAACAACAGCCAGGCCGUCCUGGAAUUCCCGGAAUCGGCCAGAAUCCACAAUUCAGGCCCAACCAGGAUAUGUACAACAUGAUGAACAUGCCGCAAGGCCAGCAACAACCACAACAACCGAUCGAUAAUACGUUGGCACCGCAAAUAACGAAGAUCAACGCUCGAUUAAAGGCAGCGAAGACCAAUCAAGAACGAGAAAUGGUAUUUUCUGAUUUGAAGAAGACUCCGCAUUUAUUUCAUGCUUGGUUGAGGGUUCACGGAAACAGCGGACAGUACAAUCCAAUGAUGGCUCAACAGAUGCAAGGUGUUCCUCCGAUGCAAAUGGGACAAAACCCUCAACAGCAACAAAUGCAACAACAGCAAGCUAACAUGCGUGUUGGCGCAAACUUUGCUGCGGGACCGAAUCAGCCACGAGGCCCUGGAGGCCAGUUCGCAUCGAUGAACCCAUCAAUGUCUCAGCAUGGACAACAGCAACCAGGAGGAUGGCCACAACAACGGCAACAGAAUCCUGGAAUGCCUCAGAAUAACAUGCCGUUCAACCAGGUUGGUUUUAGUUAUAUGUUCUCUCUUAUACGGGAUAUAUGUCGCUUCCAGAAUCGACAGCAGAUGAUGAUGAUGCAACAACAACAGUCUCAUCCAUCGAAUGCCGGCGGCCAAUAG